ACAGCCACUAUAAAACCCCAAGGCACGAGCAGGGCACUGGUCAUAAUGGUUCCUCAGAGCCUUUCCCUGGCAGUAAUGUGUGUAUUGAGUCUCUGGACUAUAGCUGCAGGCUGUGGUGUGAGACAGGAGAAGGUAGACGGGCAAUGCUGUGACCUGUGUCUCCCAGGUACAUAUAGGAAAGGUUUUUGUCCAAAGCAGCCAACAGACUGCAGCCCCUGUGAAGAGGGCUACUUCUCGGACAACUAUACCGUGUUUGACAGAUGUAAUGAAUGUCGGGUGUGCCAACAAGAUUAUGUUGAGAAAUGUACACCGACCACAAAUGCAAAAUGCAAGUGCCAUUUGGAUUUCUUGUGCUCCGACAAUGUCUGUUCAAAGUGUGAAGAAAACAAAUGCGUCAUGGGGGAGAAACUGAAGAGGACAGACAGUGCCGUGGUUGACAGGUUGAUACAGUAUUCAUAUACGUGUGAGCCUCAGUCUUCAUGCCCUUAUAACACAUACUUUGAUGUUAAAGAGGGUAUCUGCAAGGCGGACAAAGAAGGAAUAGACUUCAUUCAUCUGAUCCUUGCCAUCGGCUUUGUUUUGCUUUCUCUCACCCUCCUUGUGUUUCUAUCUAAUGCCUUCAUAAAGAAGCUGAGGAAGCACACAGAAUUUAAUAAUCCUAUGGAAGUCUUAGCAGUCUCCACCAAAGCCAGUGACUUUUGCCUGUCGAAGGAGGAGAGUGGGUUCGAGCUCAUUGUGCAGGAUGAAUCCAAGAACAUCAACAGUCUGGGCUUUCUGCAUCUGUAAAAAGUCUUGUUGAUAACAAGUGUAAGAUGACAUGAUGAGUCAGUUCACUAUGAUAUUAAUGUAAUGGUACAAAGCAUCUCGCUUACUAUCAGCACACAUUUAAAUAUAGAAAAACCUGUUACGGGCCGUGAGAUGCACACUGAAUAAAAGGUCUCUGGGUAGGUAAAAGACCAGCAUUUGUCUGACCGACAGGUUUAAUGAGGAACAUUUGAAAUGGUCAAACAUAUGUCAUUUUAGACGUACUAAGUUUUGGAUUAUAAUUGUUCUUUUGCAUUAUUUUAUUUAAAUAAUGACUACCCAAAAGGCUUAUGGCAAUACUUUUUGAUUAUUUUAGGACACGUUUCUUAAAAAGUGACUGAUGGUCUAAUAUUCUAAAUUCUAAAACACAUGCAAUGUUUUAUGGUUUAUUAUACUGGUAAUUGUAUUAACCAAAUAAUCCACAGUUUUAAUAACCUGUUGCAUCUACGAAGAAAACACCAAAAACAAACAAACCAACAACCAUUUGGGACCAUAUACACCUAAGGAUAGCACAUAUUGGUAGCCCUGUAGUUUGUGGCCGUGGGUUAUUAUCCUGACAGACUGGCAGGAAUUACUCAUGUAUAGGUACUGUAUUGUGAAUUCCUCCCCCUUGUGUUAGUUUCUUUUGUUAUUUAUAUAUGUAUUCAUGCUAGGACAGCAGUAUAUCAAAGGUGUGACCGUAUGUGUACUGUAUGUGUACUUUUCUCUCUUGGCAUGUUAGUUAAAAAAAUAAAGUGGGAAAAGGUGGAUCCUGUAUAA